AUGUCCGUCCUGCGAGCUGGACAUUCUCUAACAAAUGAAUAUCCGAACAAAGUCCUCCAGCUUCGUACAACCGUUUCGGAUUCAAAAACAGGUAUUAGACCGCCAGAUGGACGACGGAGGAGCGUAGAGUACUGGAUAGUGCGAGCAGCAGAGAAAGAGGGAGCGUCGGAAGGAGAGACAAGGAAAGUGCAUGGAUGGGGCGUUUAUGACGAGGGCGAGGCAGUGUACCUAUUAUGGAGAGGCGCUGCAGCCAAGGAAGACUUAUGUCAUCAUUUAUUCUUAGCCGUCGGAAAGCAGGCCUUUCUUUCUCCCCUCCCAGCCCAGGCCGCACGUCUUGUCCAAAGCACUGCACUUUUGUCAGUUGUCACCGUCAUUCGUCGUCGCUGCUACUGCGUUGCCGACUGUCGCCCGAUGUCGGCGAGCCUAGUGCCCGCUGUGCAGUACCGGGCCUCGGGGUCAACACAAUUACAUCCGUCGCGUCAAUCACGAUGCACGCUUUCGUCACGCGCAUCCUUUUUCCUAACUUGGUUUAUCCUCCCCACUCGUCUCGGCGAUGCACUGCUUCGCGGAUCAUGGUACGAUGACGACGCUCUCGGCAACCCCGAUGGUCUCUCAGCCCGUAGGCAGGAAUCUCGGAUGUGGACAUACUCCUCAAAGAUCACUAGCAUUUUCCAAAAUCUUGAUAGUUCACCGCCUCGUAAGGGCGUACUUUUGUCGCCACAUAAAAACAUACCUGCCAAGGCCAAGGGGCCAGACAAACAAACCCCUUUCACGCUGCAAUGCUGGCUGGACUACAACCAACCAGCAAUUUAUUUCAAAACAAAUCUCGGCGAACCGCGCUACUGCUUUUAA